GAUCUCAGCCCUGUAUUUUUCUUUCUAUCUAUCUCUAAAGUUAAAUAUUAUCGAGUGCUUGAAAUGGAAAAGCACCUUAAAUCCAUAACUUCAUCGUCAGUGCCUUCAACGCCAAAACCGACCACUUUCGUGGAGGCUGAUGCAAACACCUUCAAAGACCUGGUCCAGAAACUCACCGGAUCCACCAACGAUACAGACAAGCUCCCCGUUAAUAUCCCUGGAAGGCUUUCCUCCAAAACCUCCUCUCAUGGCGGUGACCACCCCACAGCACCGCGCCGUCCACCGUUUAAGCUCCAAGAACGUAGGAAAUUACAACACUCCAUGAAAAAGCUUGAGAUCAAGCUCGGUCUCACCACUCUACGUAACUCGCCUAGUCACUGUGUCUUUGACUGCCAAACUCGCCGUCUUGACUCACCGGUGACUCCACUAGGAUCAGAGUCACUCUUUUACUCGAGCUCUGGUACUGUAUCACCAUCGUCUCCGGUGGUUUCAGAAGAAGAAAAGGCGAUUGCAGAGAAAGGUUUUUACUUGCACCCGUCAACGUUAAAUACACCUAGAGGAAGCCGAUCGCCGGAGCUCUUGACUCUUUUCCCACUUAGUUCACCUCGUGAGGAGAAGCGAGAUUAAGUCUCUGUGUUCAAGUUGAUGGAGUUUUCUUCCUGGGAUUUUAAUCAUUUGUGGGUUAAAAGUGUUAUUGGUGUUGCAUCUUUGUUUAAUUGUGGAGGUUUGUUGUUGCUUAAUAUCAUGGAUUCUUGGAAAUUUGCAAACUUAACUACUUUUUCUCACCUACACCCAUUGGGAUCAUCCGUGAAGAUUAAAAAGAGAGUAGAAGAAA